AUGACUAUGAUCAACAUAAUAGUCACUAUCAUGAUCUUUUAUUUUCCAUUUUCCAUUGCAAUAACCAAAACAAAUCCACUUCCCUUUAAGAAAAUUUAUGCCUUUGGCGACUCUUUUACAGACACGGGCAACACUAGAUCAGUUCCUGGGCAAGGUGGCUUUCUUCAUGGCUCUAACCCUCCGUACGGAAUGACCUUUUUUCACCAUCCAACAAAUCGAUACUCAGAUGGACGAUUGGUGAUUGACUUUGUGGCACAAUCACUGUCAUUGCCUUACUUGCCUCCUUACAAAUAUGUUAAGGGAAAAUCACCUAAUGGAGUCAACUUUGCUGUAGCUGGUUCCACUGCUAUAGACCAUGAGUUUUUUGUUAAAAACAAUCUUACUCUUGAUGUCACCCCCCAAUCUAUUCAGACUCAACUUCUUUGGUUUGAUAAGUACUUGGAAGAAAAUGUUGGGUGUAAAGCUCAUGAUGUAAAGUGUAGAGUUGCUGACAUUGAAAACUCAUUGUUUUGGGUUGGUGAGAUUGGUGCAAAUGAUUAUGCUUACACUUUUGGAUCUACAUUAUCCAGUGACACUAUUCGAAAGUUGGCGAUCAGUAGCUAUACUCAAUUUUUAACAACAUUGUUAAAGAAAGGUGCAAAGUAUGUUGUGGUUCAAGGCUUUCCAAUGACAGGAUGCUUAUCUUUGGCUAUGACAUUAUCUGCCGAAAAUGACAGAGACAACAUAGGUUGUGUGAAGAGUGAAAACAACCAAAGUUAUACUCACAACUUAGCCAUCUUAAACUUGGUGACAUCUCUGAGAAGACAAUUCCCCCAAGCUGUCAUAGCGUACGCCGAUUAUUGGACUGCUUACCAAACAGUCAUGCAAAGUCCAGCCAAGUUUGGCAUUAACAAGUCUUUCAAAGCUUGUUGUGGUGCGGGUGAUGAACCAUAUAACGUUGAUGUAUUUUCUUUCUGUGGGACACCUUCUACCAAAGCUUGUCAAAACCCAUCUCAGUAUGUUAAUUGGGAUGGAGUUCACCUCACUGAAGCUAUGUAUAAAGUGGUCUCUGAUAUGUUCCUAAAAGGAUCACUUAUGAACCCUCGUUUUAGUUACUUGUUAGAUAGAAAACUACACCAAGGAUAAAAAACGUCGAUGAUUGUUAUAUGUAUAUAUAUAUGUAUAUAUCUUUCUGAACCCCCUCUUGAUAUUAUGUAACCUUCCAUUUUUCUACUUUCUAAACUAUCUAAUUCUAUUCCACCUUCAUAUUCCAUGAACUUAUUUUUUAUGGGUGUACUCUUUUGUUUAACUCAUGUAAGAUCUGAUCAUUCGGAGUGAGUUAGACCCCCAAUUUGAUGGGCCGUAAGGCUUAUCCAAAGUGUUCAGAUCUCUUAUCAGAUAUCGGAUUAGAUCCAACUCACGCUCU